GGGGGGGCGCGGGGGGGGGCGCCCCGCCGGCCGGGGGCGGCGCCAAGACGAGGCUGACGGUGCCGCGCCGGGUCUGGGACGCGGUCCGCACGCAGCGCGCGGCGCAGCUGGCCCGCCUGAGCGACGAGGCGCGAGUGCGCGUGCGCGUGGACGCCGAGGCGUCCGACAUCGUCGUGCUGCAGCUCAGCGCCGCGCCGAACGCGGGCGGGACGCCGGGCCGGCUGUGCCCCGCCAGGAAGGCGCUGAAGGCGCUGCUCAAGGAGACCGAGAAGGAGCUGAAGAAGGCGCAGCAGCGCUCCGCGCCGGGCGGCGGCGGGGGGGGGGCGGCCGCCCCGUACGCGAUGGGGGGCGGGGGGGGCGGCGAGGAGGAGGAGGGCGAGCGGCAGUGCCCGAUCUGCCUCGGGGACAUCGAGCAGAGGAAGACGCUGGAGCACUGCCGGCACUCGUUCUGCGCCGCCUGCAUCGCGCGGGCGCUGCAGGUGAAGACGGCGUGCCCGGUGUGCGGCCGCUUCUACGGGCGGCUGGUGGGCAACCAGCCCCACGACGGCCGCAUGCUGGUCAGCCGCGACGCCGCGCUGCCGCUGCCGGGCUACGAGCGGUACGGGACCAUCGUCAUCCAAUACGUGUUCCCGCCCGGCGUGCAGGGGGUAAGGGCGCGGGGCCGGAAGUGGGGG